CCUCUCUCAUCCCAGCCGUCGAAUCGAUCUUUUCCGUGUUCUAAAUACCUCGCUGUCCCUCCUCUCGGUGCCAUCGGACCGCAAUGAGAUUGAGAUUGCGAUUGCCGCCGCCGCUCAGACUGCCACCCGAUCGGACCAAACCUUUAUACUGUAUCCGUGCCUAUUCCUUCUCCUCCUCCUCCUCCUCCGCGGCCGCCGCCGCUGACGACGACGCCGACCUCCGUCGCAGCCUCUCCCUGCUCCUCUCCCCUGCCCCCUUCGAUGCUGCCCUCUGCCGCGAGACCCUCUCUCGCAUCUGCCCUCGCCGCCUCGAACGCCUCCUCCUCGACCUUCGCUCCUCCCUCCACCCCGAGCCCGCCCUUCGCUUCUUCUCCUUCGCCACCGAUCACUGUGGCUUCAUCUUCACCCCCCGCGCCUACGCCCUCAUCCUCCACUCCCUCUUCCGAUCCAACCUCGCAUCUGCGGCCCGGGUUCUCCUACUUCGCAUCCUCGACGCCCGCGCCGCCGUCCCCCUCUUCCUCGAUGACCCGGAUCAUUGGUUCUCCGAGAUCAUCCACGCCCUUGCUGACACCGUCCCCUCAAGCGACUCGCCCGCGAUCGAUCUUCUUGUCCACCUCUGCUGCACCCAGCUUCGUGGCCGAGGGCUCGCCUUAAUUGCCUUCAGAAUCCUCGUCGAUCGGGGGCUCUGCCCGUCUCUGAAGACCUGCAAUUUUCUUUUGGUAUCGCUGGUGAAAUCCAAGAAUUUAGAGGAUGCUCGCAUGGUUUUUGAUCAAAUGCAGCAGUUUGUUGCUCCUGACGUCUACUCGUACACCAUACUGAUUGAUGCCCUCUGCAAGAGACGGAAUGUUGAGGAAGCUAUGGCAUUGUUCUCGGAUAUGGAGAGGUCCGGAAUUUCUGCAAGCGUUGUAACUUACAAUGCUCUGAUUGAUGGACUUUGCAAGAGAAAUAUGUUGAAUGAGGCAUUUGCAUUGAAGGAGAAGAUGAUUAGAAUCUCGAUAAAUCCAAGCAUCGUAACAUUUGGUAUUCUCAUCAAUGGCUUGGUUAAAUUGGAUAGGUUUGGCGAUGUGGAACUUGUCCUAACUGAAAUGGAAGAGAUUGGAAUUCCACCAAGUGUGGUUAUCUAUAAUACAUUGAUAUAUGGGCACUGUAAGAUGGGACGACCCACAGAGGCAUUAAAGUUGAGGGAUGAAAUGAUGGCGAAAGGUAUAGAACCGAACUGUGUUACCUACAAUAUAAUUGUACAAGGCUUGUGCGAUGCAGGGGACAUGAAGCAGGCUGAGUAUAUUCUUGAUGAAAUUCUGUCAAAUGGGAUGGAAGCAAAUGCUGGGCUGUUUGGUUCUAUUAUUUUCUGGCUUGUCACUAAAGAACAAAGAUUAGAUUGUGCGGUGAGGCUACUUGGAGAGAUGCUGCUGAGGAAUUUAAGGCCUAAUGACUCUCUUUUGACGGCUUUGAUUGUUGAGCUCUGUAAGCAAGGGAAGCAUCGAAACGCCAUAGAGAUUUGGUCCAAGAUGUUGGAGAAAGGAUUUGGUGUGAAUAUUACAACUUCCAAUGCAUUGAUUCAUGGGCUUUGUGAGUCAGGAAACAUCAAGGAAGCAAUAGGGUUCCUCAAGUCAAUUCUCGAGAGGGGAAUAGCACCAGAUAGAGUGACAUAUAAUAUCUUGAUAUCUGGAUGCUGCAAAGAAGGGAAAAUCUGCGAGGGGUUUAAACUAUGGGAUGACAUGAUCAAAAGAGGAUUUAAACCAGAUAUUGUUACCUGGAACACUCUAAUACAUGGUUUAUGCCGUUUAGGUAGAAUGGAAGAGGCUAUUGGACUUUUGAAUCAACUAAAGGAUGAAGAUUUGGUUCCGGAUCUUUUUACAUGCAGUAUGAUUAUCGAUGGCUAUUGCAAGGUUAAGGAAAUUGAUAAAGCGAAAAGCUUCCUAAAGGAGAUGGGUACAUGGGGUUUAGAGGCAAAUGUUGUUGUCUACAACUCACUUGUGAGUGGGUUUUGCAAGAAUGGCAAUAUUACUGGGGCUUCUAAUCUUGUCGAUGAAAUGAAAAGUAAUGGUAUAUUACCAAAUUUUGUGACUUAUAGUACCCUUAUGCAUGGCUUCUGCUGCACUGGAUAUUUAGAGGAGGCUAAAAGAAUUUUUGAAUUGAUGAAGGAGAAUGGUUUGGGCUUGAAUGUGGUGACCUAUACUACACUUAUUGCUGGAUACUGUAGGUCAGGUCAAAUGGAUGAAGCAAUCAAGGUCUACAAGGCAAUGUGUGUCGCUGGUGUAACCCCAAACAAGUUCACAUAUACAGUAUUGAUACAAGGGUAUGCUAAAAUGGGGAAUCUUGAAGCAGCGUCUAAACUUCUCGACGAAAUGGUGAACAAUGGUAUUGUUCCUGAUUCUGUCACAUUCAAUGCAUUGAUGUCUGAAUUCUGCAAGGAAGGUAGAGUAGAAGAGGCUCUUAAAAUAUCUGAUCAAAUAUCUCAAAGAGGUCUGGCACUAGAUGAUACUGAUUAUACUACUUUAGUUCUGGAAUAACUUCUUCUAGGCAUCAAAAAGAAAUUGCUUCUCCACCUGAAGGAGGGGAUUGCUUAUAAUGUUGUAGAGAAUGUUGGGGAUAUUGGUGAGAUGAGAUCUGAUCUUUUUGGAUCAUAUGCUGAAUCGUCAUGUGCUGCCCUUGUUGUUGCCUCUAUCUCUUCAUUUGGAGUCAACCAUGAUUUUCCUGCAAUGUGCUAUACUUUGCUUAUUAGCUCCAUGGGCAUCGUAGUUUGUUUAGUAACUACUCUCUUUGCAACCGACGGUUGGUAUUGCAAUUAUCAGUUGGAUUGCUCUCCCUUUGACAUUCACAAUUUUCAGUUUUGGGGUGACCAGAAGCAGGCCAAAAGCUGGGCUUUGCAAUUGAUUCAGCUGCCUUGGUCUCUCUCGCAGUCAAGCAGCUAUUUCCACUGUGGAUGUCUGACACCAAAGGUGUUCAUUGGGUUGAUUGUUGGUGCGAUGCUUCCUUACUGGUUCUCAGCCAUGACCAUGAAGAGUGUCGGCAGUGCAGCUCUGAAGAGGGUGGAGGAGGUCUGAAGGCACUAACUGAGGCUUAUGGAUGGUACUGCUAAACAUGAUUAUGCCACCUGUGUCAAGAUUUCCACUGAUGCCUCAAUCAAAGAGAUGAUUAUCCAGGUGCUCUGGUGAUGCUUCCACCCCUGAUCAUUGGAAUUUUGUGUCAUGGAAACCCUAUCUGGUGUUCUUGCUGGGUCUCUUGUUUCUGGUGUUCAGAUUGUUAUCUGAUCCUCAUCUAAUACUGGUGGUGCAUGGGACAAUGCCAAGUACAUCGAGGCUGGGGCAUCAGACCAUGCAAGGAGCCUUGGCCCUAAGGAAUCCGUUCCUCACAUGGCUGCUGUUAUUUGUGACACCAUCGGGGACCCUCUCAAGGAUACGUCCGGGUCGUCACCUAUCAAACUAAUGGUUGUGGAAUUUCUGGUGUUGGCACCAUUCUUUGCAACUCAAGGAAGUCUCUUGUUCAAGAUCUAACUAAUGA